AUGAGUGUGACACUUCGUUCGCCUAAAACUUCCAUCGGAGGAUCCCAACCCGACUUAUCAAAACUAGCAGAUGAAGAUCCUUCAGAUAAACCUCAAAUAACGUUUAGAAAGCGUAAAGAACCCGACCCGGACUUAUCAUUACGGGAAGACAUUCAAUGUCUCAGAGCUGAUAUGAAAUCGUUCCUGAAUAAUUUCACCGCUUCCCAAAACGUGUUGAUGAGUAAAAUGCAGCAAGACAUCGCGGAAAUAAAGGACCAAAUAAGUGAAAUAAGGGUAUCUACAAACAAAGUGACUGAAGAACAAAAUAACCUAAAAAUUGAAUUAAACCAGGUAAAAACUCAGUGUGCUCAAAACCAAACCAGUAUUAACUGUCUCCGAAGUGACAUGGAUAUUGUAAAAAACUCACAGCCAUCCUCAUCGCAGUCAUGUAACUUGGUAGACUAUGAACAAGUUCUUACGGAGCUCCAGGAUCGGACGCAAAGGCAGAAAAAUAUUAUUAUCAUCGGUAUUCCGGAGCUGAGCGCAGAAAACAAAUCUGACAAAAUAAACUACGACAUAAACGAAGUACAGAAAAUUAUUCAGGCUGUAGACAUGAACUGCCCCGCGCCGCUGAAAAUUUAUAGAAUUGUCGAAGAAUCCGGUUAUUGCAUCCUGAAUAAAAUCGAAGAACAAUUCUGCACCCGUGAGACGACAACAUGCAAGACGAUCCUGGACCACGUCUAUACCAAUCUACUAGAAGAUCAUUUUAAUUUCCAUAUCAUAGACUCAGCAAUGUCCGACCACAAACACAUAUACUUAGAACUAUUAAAAAGAUAUCCAAAACGAAAAAACAAAAUAAAAUAUGAGGCUGUGGACUAUGAUAAACUAAACAAAAUAAUGUUGGAUCAAAACCUCACAAACAAAGACCAUGCUUACUCCGAACUAGAAAAGAACAUCAAGACAGCUAUAGAACGGUCGAAGACUGUAAAAACCAAAAUAUUGAACCUUCCCAAGGAUGAUUGGAUUAACCAAACUAUUAUCUCGGCGAUUAACACAAGAAACGAACUGUGGCGAAAACUAAAGAAAGAACCUAACAACGAAGAAAUACCAAAUGAACUAACUGAUUGUAUAAACACGUGCUUCAGUAAUGGCGAGUUUCCAGACUCCCUCAAGAUCGCUAAAGUUUCGCCAAUUUACAAGUCUGGGUCGAAAAUGGAGCCUGGGUCGGACCGUUCCCAGAUUUACAUUAAAGCCCGUCUGAACGUGGACUUAUGUGUACUGCCCACUCCAUUCAGAGGGCCUGGCUGA